AUGAAUUCUGUUCAACAAAUAGACGAACUUGUUAAAGAAUAUUUAUUAUUUAGAGGAUUUUCGAAUACUUUUCGUUCCUUUGAACAAGAAUGUAGAAAUGAUAGAGAUAAAGGAUUCCAGGCGGAAAAAAUUAUUGAUGAAUUAUAUUCAUUUAUCACAAAGAGUGACAUUAAUGGGUUACUUGAUUAUUGGAAAUAUCUUAAUCAAAGAUAUUUUUCAAGAUUAGAUGCUCGAUUUUUAGGAUCGAUACAGCAGAAAAGAGAAGACAUAGUUUUUGAAUUUUUUAAAACUUUUGGAACAGAAUUAAGUGGAAAUGUAGAAUGGUCAAAAUGGUUUGGAUUGCCAUUUUCAAAAAAUCCAGCAGCAGAUCCAAAUUUUGAAGCAUAUUUCACCAAACAAUGGUUAGAGACAUUAACAAAUUCAUCGACGAGAGAUUGA